AAUCAAUAACAGAUGACAGAUCAGUAUGCGUGUAUAUGUAGUUAGGGACUGAGUGCGCGAGCUCUACGCGAUAUCAUUGGCAAACUUUGAUCGUUUAUAACUCAAGAACUAUUGCAGCCUCAAAAUUUUUGUAUUAUGCAUGUAUGCUACGUGCGAGCGAGAGAGAACGCAAGUGAGAAUUAUCUGAGUUUUUAUGUAAAUGGAAAGCGACUAUUAUAUAUGCGUGAAAAAGAAUCCGUCUGUCAUAUAUGACACAUGUGACAUGUGACAUGUGUCGUCAUUUGAAAUGUCAAAUUCUUCAACUUCCAUGCGUUGUUCUCGUGUCUUCUUUGCGAUACAAAUAUGAUCUUAUUUAACAGAAAUACGGUCUCCAUUAAUUAAUCAUUGCUAUGUUUAGGCAAUAAAAUAAUAUGCUAAUAUGAGAAAAGUGUAAACAAGGGCCUCACACCUCUUGAGAAAGAGAGAGGUGUCAUCGAUAUGCGAAAUCUUUAAUCUAACCUCUAACAUGUGACAUACGUCCUGUUUUGAAAUCGUACGAUAACGCAUAAGGUCUUUGGUACCAAAAUAAAGGAAAAAAAGUGGAAGCGUCAAAAAACCGAAAAAUAACUACUCGAUUGACGGCACGUUAAAUACCAUCUUAUUAAAAAAAAUACAUCCUGUUUUUAUGCAAUUUAACAAAAAUUACAGUUUCUAUAUUUACCUUAACGAAUAAAGUAGACAUCGUGAAAAGUAAAAUUGAAUUGUUCGAUAUAUUUUAUAUAUGAUUCUCUUGAAAUUGGUCGACUAUGGAGAAUCAGGUUCAUUCGGAAUUGAUUAUGAAGGAGGAACGAGACGAGGAGGAAAUGAAAGAGGGUCGACGUUCUACCGAAAGCAACAAGAGCAUCACACCUGACGCUUCGGCGAUCGGGAUAAGACCGAAGCCUCUAAUCUGUAAGCCGGAGAAUGUGAGCAUCGGAUGCAAGUCGGAGCCGAUCGAGAGGAAAUGGCAGUGGGCCCCGGGAGCGUGGCAAGAUGCGACCAGAACCAGCGCAUUUCAGCCGUAUAAGCCGCCCACAUUACUCACGAAUCUGCAAAGGGGCAAUACUCAGACUCAGAUACAUCAGCUCUAUAUAGAAAACGAUAUCACGUUUCAUACUUUGGCUGGUCAAGGGGAACUUACACCUGAACAUAUAUGUUCAAAUUCAGUAGAUGCGACUGAUGAAAAGGGCUUAACAGGAUUGAUGUGGGCCAGUGCUUAUGGACAAUUAGGUACCGCUAGGCAAUUGCUCAAGUGGAGUGCUAAAAUAAAUCGCCGUGGACCAAACGGAGAGACAAGUUUGCAUCUGGCAGCUGCUUAUGGUCAUUAUGACGUCGUUAAAUUAUUAUUAAAUCACGGUGCUGACCCUAAUGCAGGCGACGAGGAUGGUAAUACACCACUAAUCUAUGGAGCAUAUUAUGAUCAUCCACGUGUGUGUUAUGAAUUAUUAACAAAAGGUGCAGAAGUAACACAUAUUAAUUUUUCCAAUGUAAGUGCUUACAAGGCAGCUAUUAUGAAUAAUUCAAUGAAUGCUAAAGCAGUUAUUGAGAAUCACCUGAUACCACAAAUUAUAAAUAUACCAACAGAUGAAUUAAAUCAUAGAGAUUAAGAAAUAACAAUAUUUUCAUGUGGUAGGAAAGAAAAAUAACACAUGAAACAUUUAUCGAGACAAGGUAUAUAAACUUACGAACAAGUAACAAAAUUUGAUAUAUUUGGUAAUAAUACAAUCCCCUUUUCAGGCGCGCUAUUGUAAUAUACUAAAAUAUAUGUAUCAAAUAAAAUGUAAAUAUACGAUAAGUUUUCAUCGUGAGUCCAAUUUUUUUUCUAAUUAGAGAAUAUAUCUUCUUUUUUACAAACUUAUUCGGCAUCAGACAGUUAUUAAAUUGUAUAAUAAUAAAAAUUGAGGCGUGUAUGUAAAUAUACCAACGUAUACUCAUCGAUCAUCAAGAAAUGACUAUGGCAAUAAAAUUAAAACUCAAACAGUAA